AUGACCGGAUUAUAUCAUCUUGCUAGGCUAAACAGUCAGUGGUUCUGGGUUGAUGAGUCUCUGCUUAGCGCAUUUAUUGAGCGGUGGCGUCCGGAGACCCACACGUUCCAUAUGCCGUUUGGUGAGUGCACCAUUACUUUACAGGAUGUUGCGUAUCAGCUGGGUUUGCCGAUUGAUGGUGCACCCGUUAGUGGGUGCUUGACUAAGUUUGAGAAUCUUAUGGAACACGGUAGACCAGCAUGGGUGUGGUUCCGGGAGUUGUUCGGGGAGUUACCUCCACAGAGUAAAGUCAAGCAGAUGACAGUGUGCUACACAUGGUUCCACGAGAGGUUCCGGGUUCUCCCUGCAGAUGCUACUGAUGAGACCGUGCGUGUAUACGCACGCGCUUAUAUCCUGAUGCUGUUUUCGUCUCAGCUGUUUGCGGACAAGAAUGCAAACAGGGUACACCUUCGCUGGUUGCCUUAUUUGGCAUCAUUGGACGACUUGGGCAGAUAUAGCUGGAGCUCCGCUGCACUGGCCUGGUUGUAUAGGUGUCUUUGUCGUGGUACAAACAGGAACGUCGUUAACUUGGCUGGGCCGCUACAGCUACUACAGUCUUGGAUUUUCUGGAGGUUUCCCACUCUGAGGCCCACUGGUUUUGACCAGUUCAGGUUUCCUCUUGCUUCCAGGUGGGCUGAGUUUGUGCCGAGGAACGAUGCAGGGGCACAGAGAUUAGUUUCCGCACGCCUUGCACUGGAUCGACUGCGUGUCCACGAUUUUGUGUGGGAGCCUUAUUCUUCUGUUGAUGUUGCUGCUGUUAUUCAUCCAGAGAUACUAGCUGACGAGCACCGACGGCUAUGGACGGCCGUCACUAGUCUGAUAUAUUUUGCUGCGAUCGAGUGGCACCAGGUCGAUAGGGUUCUACCCCAGUUCGACGGUGUUCAGCAUCUCCCAGAGGGAGCUCUGAACAUAGAUUGGCUACAUGCGAAGGAUGGUAGGGGUGGGGACCGGUGGUUUCCUACAUAUUAUCAGGAGUGGCACCAUUUUUGGGAGGACAGGCUUCAGUCAGUCAUAUAG